AUGACCGAAUGUCAAGAAUCUCUAGGCAGCUUCGUACAAAGUCGCAAAAAUACCAAUCGUGUUCCUAAUUUUAUUAACGACCAAGAAAACCUCAAGUAUCCCGACUAUUUAACAGUGGUUCUCGCAAUAAUAUCAAAGUUAACAUUGCUGUACGCAGUUCUGACAGGGAAAUGUGUCCAUGACGUCAGCGAAAGAUGGUGGAAUGAUGCGAUUGUGUACCAAGUUUACCUUUGGAGUUUCAACGACAUCGACGUUAUAUGGCUUUUACCUAUUUACACAAGUCCCCAGCCAGACACUGGCUAUGACAUUACAAAUUUCACAGAAGUAGAUCCCCAAUAUGGCAUUUUGGUGGACUUUACGAAACUUGUCACCAUGGCUAAGGCUCUGGAUUUGAGGGACCUCUUGGAUUUCGUUUCCAAACACACUUCUUACAAAACGAGUUCUUAA